GGAGCACGAGGGUCUCAGCUUGCAUUUGGAGGUUAGGUGCGACAGGUGUCGAGGUCGUAGUGGCCGCGGGCGCGAUCGUCCACGCUCGUCGCGAGAUAUCGGACGAUAUCGGUGACGAGUCAGUCAUUAUGCGGGGCGAUAAAAGGAGUGGAUCGGCGGCGCGGCGAAAAUGAACGCGGUCUUCCUCGCGGCCCUGUGGUUCGGGCACGCGGUCUUCGGCUUGCUAGAAUGGAUCUGCGAGGUCUGGGAGCUGCUCCAGGGUCUAUGGACAGCGGGCUGGCUCGGCCCAGGACCGCCCGCCGAUGCCAAGGUCCUCCGAGCCAGCGUCCCCAGGAUGCGCAAACUGCCUGCGCACGUGGCCGUCGUCCUGGCUGACGAGCGCGUCUCUGUCCGCGACCUCGUGCGCUUCGUCGAAUGGUGUUUCCUCUCCAACAUUCCCUAUGUCAGCUUUUACGACCGAUAUGGUGUAGCCGAGAGAAACGAGCUAACCAUCAGGAAAGAAUUUGCUCAGUCGAGGCCAGAUCUUGUGAAACACACCGAGUGGAUCACUCGCAAACCCUUCAGAAGUAAAAAGAAUGGGAUAAGUGAUACAUUAAACCACAACUCCGAUGAGAAGAGAGUGCAUGUUCGAAUUCUGUCAAACUCCGAUGGAAAAGGAGCCAUCGUGUCGUUGACAAGAAUUCUGGCAGAAGCAGCAACCGCUGGGAUGAUCCAGACCGAAGAUAUCAAUACCAAACUUAUUAAUGAGAAAUUGGAUCUCUGCGGACUCCCAAACCCUGACAUGGCAAUCGUGUGUGGAAAUACUCUGUGCACGUAUGGCUUACUUCCAUGGCACAUACCAACCACUGAAUUUUUCUUACUGCCUGUUCAUCGUGAUCUCUCGGUGGAUCGAUUCGUCGGACUGCUGGAGAAAUAUGCAACAAGUGAGCAGCGCUACGGGAAGUGAAAAGUGACCAGAGGUUGCUGCAGGAAUUUGCCGAUCCCUUGCAUCGAAGAAAGGCAGAAGAGGAUCAUUACUACAAUUGUUUGUUACCGAUAUCCAUGUCGAUACUUGACGUCGCUUCGUGUGAGGAUUCCGGAGCCACGUCGGAAAUGACGAAUCACGUUCUUAGAGACACUUGCAAUAACGGUUUCUUGUCUACGGUGGGAGACCCAAAGAGUGCGAAGACAAAUAAAUAUCUCUGGUGGUAA